UCCAAUGCCAUCAUCAUCGUCACCUUCCUCAAAGAAUAAGCUCCGAUCUCCAGUACUUGAUGGAAGACUAGUCACAAUUCUUAGCAUCGAUGGAGGUGGCAUUCGCGGAAUUAUCCCUGCCAAGAUUCUUGAAUUCCUCGAAUCCGAACUCCAGAAAUUGGACGGCGAAGAUGCUAGAAUUGCAGACUACUUUGAUGUAAUCGCAGGGACGAGCACCGGAGGACUCGUGACGGCCAUGUUGACCGCUCCCGAUGCUAAUAAUCGCCCUAUUUCCGCAGCUAAAGAUAUUGCUCCGUUUUAUGUACAACAUGGGCCUAAGAUUUUCCAACAGAGUGGUUGUGUUGGAUGUGGAUUGCUUGGAUGGAUGGCUGCAUUAGUAGGUCCCAAAUACGAUGGCAAUUAUUUGCAUGAGCUCACAAGGGAGAUUUUAGGGCAGACUAGGUUGCAUCACACGUUAACAAAUGUUGUUGUCCCAACAUUUGAUAUCAAGCUUAUGCAGCCCACCAUCUUCUCCUCCUACGAGGUCUCUCGGGAUCUAUCUCUUUGUUGUUUAUAUAAUCGUUGCAUUGGACAAUUGAUUUAUGUAUGGAUGCAACAGGUGAAGUAUCGGGGUUACAAGGACGCGCUACUAUCCGACAUAUGCAUCGCCACCUCAGCCGCGCCAACUUAUUUUCCGCCACAUAAUUUUACAAAUGCUGAUGACUCUGGCCAGUCUUGGGAUUUCAAUCUCAUUGAUGGUGGCGUCGCUGCCAACAACCCGACAUUGGUGGCGGUGAGAGAAGUGACAAAAGAAGUAUUGAGCAGAAGCGAAGAUUUCUUCCCGAUUCAGCCUAUGGAAUGCGCAAAGCUGCUGGUGAUAUCGCUAGGCACAGGCUCUGCGAAGCGGGAGGAGAAAUAUACAGCAGAAAUGGCGUCGAAAUGGGGCGUGUUGGGUUGGCUCUUUAAUGGAAAUUCCACCCCAAUAAUCGAUAUCUACAAUCAAGCUAGCAUAGAUAUGGUCGAUUAUUUCUUAUCAGUAAUAUAUGAAGCUCAGACUUCUCAACAGAAUUAUCUCCGCAUUCAGGCUGAAAAUUUAACUGGAGAUAUGUCGUCGGUGGACGUCACGACGGAUGAGAAUCUAAAUGAUCUGGUCGAAAUCGGAGAACGUUUGCUGCAAUCUCCUUUUUCAAGAGUCAAUCUGCAAACAGGAAAUUCCGAGCCUGUUGCUGGAGGAGGCACAAAUCAGGAUGUUUUGAUUAAGUUUGCAAAAAUGCUCUCUGAUGAACAGAAAUUCCGACAAUCCAAAUCACAACACAAGAGGGAGAAGGGGACUCGUAAUUAAACUUGUGGAUAAUAUGUUAUGUAAAUAGUCUUGGUUUGGGAAAUUAGGAUUUUAAACUAUUUUACUCUGGAUUUUAUUUAAUUUUAUUUAGGACGCAUUUGGUUUGGUAUGUGCUAAAUCCAUGGGAAUAAAGAUAAGUUGUCACAUUCA